AUGUCCCGUAUUGCUAUUGUCACAGGCGCAGCUCAGGGCAUAGGUGAGGCCAUUGCCAUUCGCCUUGGCGCCGAUGGACUCGAUGUUGUGCCAGUCAGCGACCUGCCUUCGAAGCGCGAGCAACUGGACUCGGUGGCCAACUUCGCAUCGAUGACAUGGGUCGUUGCUAUGAUCGACAAGACCGUAGAGACAUUCGGCGGUCUCGAUGUGAUGGUAGCGAAUGCCGGAAUAUUGAUGGUCAAGCCAAUGUUCGACACUUCGGUGGAUGACCUGAACACCAUCUUGUCGAUCAAUGUGCGCGGUGUCAUGUUAUGUUACAAGUACGCCGCCAUGCAAAUGGUCAAGCAGGACGCGGUGGACGGAUCAUUGGUGCGCACAGACCUUCGAAGCGCCCCGUAUCCAGCGACACUGAACCAAGGGUUUCAUUCGCAGCACAAGAUUACUGUCAACACAUACGCACCGGGGAGCAUCCUGACUCCAAUGAUCUUCCAUCCCGACGACGAGAAGAACGGUGGCCCGGCAUCCACCGGCAAGCUGGCUGUUGGAGUACCUCUGGAUACUCCGGACGCACAACCGACCGUCAUCGCUGACUUCGUGUCGUACCUGAUUCGACCUGAGUCAUAUCACAUAACUGGCCAAUCCGUCAACAUCAACGGUGGGAUGCUCUACGACUGA